GAUAGAUACUGAGAGCACUAGUGGAUCCACGAGAGAUCAAAGCAGAUUCGAUAAAACGGUGUGAGGAGGUGGUUUUAGUGAAGAAAUAUUGUUGAAGACUGAUUGAGAGGGAUUUGGAGAUUUUAUUGGUUGAUUUUCCCGUUACAUCGGUAACGGGAAAAUCAACAUUUUUGGCAGAAUGGAUCUUCAGUGCACCCAAAUCAUAGAGCAAGAUCAUCUCAACGAGCCCUCGCUGACUCAGACCGAGGCGAAGACGCAGAUCCAGGUUGGGACCUUGGAGAUUGGAGAUGUUAAAUAUCCCAUCCUCAGUGGCAUCACCAAAAUUGGGAGACAUCCGGCCCACCAGAUAUUUUUAGAAGAUAUUAUGGUAUCGAAAUUUCACGCGGAGAUCGAAGCAAAUGGAAAAAGUGUAUUCAUUUCCGAUCUUAAAUCGUCCAACAAAACGCGUCUUGAUGAUGCAGUCCUCACACCCUGGAGAUUCUACAUGGUUCAGGACGGGGCUUCCCUGAAAUUUGGGAACGUCGAAGCUAGAUUCUUCCUGAAAAGGCCUGAGGAUGAGCGAAUCCCGGUCCCAGCGACCCCGGAACCAGGACUUAGUCCGGGGCUCGAUGAAUCCCAGGAGGAUUCCGUGAUUGAAGCAACGGCACGAUCUCAGGAUGACGCGAGGUUCCGUCGUCCAGCCGUGCCUAACAGGAGAAAAAUCCCCAUGAUGAAUCCCUUGACACCUGGAGAUGAUCCUCUGGAGACACAAGUGAACUCUGGUGAUGACAUUCAAAAUCUUGAGACACAACAAUCGACCCAGCAACACGACAGAACGAGUGACUCGGAUCUCCACGACAUGGAUGCAUCGAGAUCAGCGAACAGCUCACAGUCGGCGAAAGAUGAUCGGAGAAAUAUUCAGGAAGUUAAUACCCAGUGUUUGGCUGUUGGAGAUGACGCAGAAGGUGACGGUCUCCCUGGGCCUUCCAAAAGCCCUUCCCGAGGGAAUCAUAAAAAAUCAUCUGAUCAUCCGGAACCAUCGAGAAGUCUUCCUCAACAUCCUUCCAAUAUCCAAACCCUCGAGACUCAGGCGUCCACCUCUGAAGGCCCCAGUAAGGAUCAUUCGAAUCAUUCAUCAAUGAUUCAUGAUUUUCAGACUCAGAAAGUCAAUCUUGAUGAUCAUAUUCAAUCAUUGAAAACCCAGAAGACUGAAGAGCCUGGAAAAUCUCGAGGUAAGAGUCUAUCGCCACACGAGAGAGAUGUGCAGAGUUUGAAUGCUGAUAUUUGGGGGGCCGACGAUGAUAAUCUUCAGGAUAUUCAUGAUCUUCAAACUCAGUCUAAUCUGGAAUUUUUAGAAAAUUCCAGACGACGUAAAGAGGACGUUUUCAGGAGUCAGAGCUCAUCCCCGGAUCUUGUCGCUGACUCGGAGCAAAUGAUAAUUGAUUUCGCUCAUCAUGGCAGCAUUUUUGAUGACUCGAAAUCGCAUGAAAAUCGUCGGAGGAAAAUGGCGAUGGGUGGAGGGAAUCAGCGAGUCGUGGAUGUUCCCGAAAAUUUUCCAGCAAUUAACGAUAAAUCAUCGAAAAGUGAUGGCAAGUCAGCAGGUGAUGAUGAUGACGUGGAGACUGACUUUGAGGAUGAUUUACUCACACUGGGGAAUCACAGCGAUGUAUCGAAGAAUAAUUCCCAGAAAUCGCAGUCAUCAGGAAAUGAUUUCACAUCAUUGGUGUCAGAAGUUGAAAGGAUUUUAGAAGAUUCUGGGGACGAGACUGAUUUCAAUGAUUUAGAUAAAUCAGUAAAGGUUAUCAAAUCAUCUAAGAGCGAUUUAAAAAAUUCUAAAUCAUCGACGAAUAAUUCAACGUCACUGAAAUCAGUACUAAAUCACUCCGAUGAGGAAACGGACUUCGAGGAAGAGGUUACAGUUUCCAAAAUGUCUGAUUCUCUAAAAGUAAUUCCCGCGUCCAGCGAUGAUGACACAGACUUCGAAGCGGACCCAUUACCUUCGAAAUCAUUCCGAAAAAAAUCUCCAGACAAACGAAAAUUGUCUUCCGAAUCCCCAAAAUCACCAAAAUCCGUUGGUCAAGCCAACAGAACAAUUUCGGUAUCUUCAGAUUCCUCGAAAUGCGGAAAUGAUCGGAGGGAGUCUUCGAAAUCAUCGAAGUCAUCUCAAAAAUCAUCAAAAAGUCCUCCAGAAAAUGAUCCCAAGUCUUCCAAAGUCAUCAACGGACACUCAAGCUCUGAAAUCAUCAGAGAAACCUCCCCGAAAUCAUCUGGAGUCAUUAGAAUAUCAUCGGACAGCGACACAGACUAUGAGGACCCAUCAAAAAUUCCAAAUAAAUCCAAAUCAUCGAGAAAUGAUGUCGACGAUUCUAACCUGCCCCCGGAAGUCCUCAAGAUGCUAAAAAAAGCCGAAACGUCCCGCGAUAUAUAUGCCGAUGAUGAUGACGAUUAUGAUCCGUAUAGUGCCCCAACUCAGGUCAUCGUGCAAUCAAAAUCCUUGAGACGUCCACAGAAAAACAUCACAAGUAAUCUGGAAUCAUGUUCAGGCCCUUCCAAAACGCCUGGAAAUCAUCACGACUUUGAUCACACGACCGAGGAUUCGAUGCCAACUCAGAAAAUCGACAGGAAAUUCACGACAAAAAAUGCAGCCUUUGAUUUUGAUGACCUUGAGCCAACUCAGAAGAUGAAUCAUCCAGGGAUAUCAGGUCGUAAAACACCACGAAUGCUUGAUUUUGACGAUGACUUGGAGCCAACUCAGAUAAGCUCGAGAAGUGCCCCAGGUCCAUCCAACGCACGUCCAGAUGAUUUCGAUGAUCUUGGACCGACGCAAAUCCUCAAUUUUGAUAAAACUCAGUCUCAGCCACUCCCUGAUGACCCUUCAUCCAGGAAAUGGCCAUUUGAGGACGAGGAGAAUAGCAAGAAGAGGAUGGCAUUGCUGAAUGACAGUGAUCCCACGCAGAUCAUCGAUGUUCAAGCCAUAAAACGUCAAAAUAAUCGACAAAAAAAUCAUAAAAGUUUCGGAGAUUCAGGAGUCAAUAUGAAUGUCAAAUUGAGGAGCCAACAGAUCUCCUCCUCGGAUUCCCCCGAGCUUAAAGGUCAUGCUGAAACGAUUUCCUCCUCCUCGAGAGUCACUAAGCGUCAGAGAACGACUAGAAAUCCCCAGACGCUGGAGAAUCCUCUCAAAAAAACCAAUUCGACUCCCAAAAAAAUGAAAAUGGCAGCCGAGAAAUCGAUACCUUCGUUAUCGGACUCCGAGAAUUCGGACGGACCUGAUAAAAAAUCCUGUCCUGCUAGAACUCCUCCAGAAUCUCCAAAAAAUCGUCAGAGCACCCGAAAGACUCGGAAUGCCUAUAAAACCCCCAGGAAGUCUGAGCCCAUUCCUCCAGAAGUACCAGAGGGUCCAGAGCGAUCCCCAGACUCUUCCACAGGGCGGACCCCUCGAAAAAUCCCCCAAAACCUGGGAAUUCCCAAAGAAAAUUCUCCGAUGCACUCGUCAACACCUUUUGCUUCAACUCCAGGCAGAAAACGAAAGUUCAACCUGUCCUUGAGAUCCAGGAAUGAUGGCGAUACGAAGGACAGUGCGUUCGACGAGUCCAGGAGCAUCUCCUACGACAAAUCCCUCCAGAGUCACAAAAAAACAGGGGAAAGCCUCGAUAACCCAAUCUCCAGAGAUCUGGACAGUAUGUUUGGUGGAGGUGAGGAGAGGGUAGUCGAUCCUGGAGGAUUUCUGAUGACCCAGGAGGUGGAGGACAUCCUGAAUUCCUCGGACUCACCCCCAGGAACACCUAAAGACCUCCAGGAAAAAUCACGGAAAAUUCCACAAACCCGUGGAAAUGUAGGGAAAACCCUGAAAUCAAAGGAUCUGGAAAAAAAAAAAAUAUUGGCACCUCCGGGCGAUGAAAUCGACUCCCAGGAAAAUCAUUUUACAAAUUUGAAGAGGAGGAAACGUCAGAGGCAGGCAUUGGAGAGCAUGUCCUCCGAGGAUGAGGCAGUUUCAGGUUUCCACAAGGGAUUUCCUGAGAGCCUUGGAAGGGGGAGAACACCUUUGAAUGUCUCGAGGAUCUCGAAGAUCCACGUGCCGUUGGAAACACAUUUGAAGCCGAAAAUUCCAGAUUUGGUAAAGAAAGCGAGGACAGGACAGGACUCUCCAGUGAAAACGAGAGUACCUGAGGGAAAAAACAGAGAGCGUGAGAGAAAAGAAGGACACGAGAAGGAUCUCGCGAGGAAAAAAAUCGUGAAGAAGGAGAAAGACACGGAAAACGAAAAAGGAGAGGAUAAACGUAACCGGGAAGUCGUGGAGAGCUCUCCCUCGAGGAAUACGAGGUCGAAAAAUGUUGCCAUGAAUGGCAUGUCAAAUGAAUUCAAAUGUCCGUGUGUCCUAUUCACUGGCAUCAAGGAGCACGACGACGAGGACAGAGAGCUUGUAGAGUCCCUUGGGGGAACUGUAACCACUGAUCCCCGUAAAGCAACAAUUCUCGUCACCGAUAAAGUCCGAAGGACAGUUAAAUUCCUCUGCGCUGUCUCCAGGGGAAUUCCCAUUGUCUCAAUCGUCUGGUUACAAGUGUCAGUCAAGUCUAAAAAAUUUCUCAAUUAUGAAAAAUAUAUUCUUCACGAUCCAGAGGCUGAGGCAAAAUUCAAAUUCAACCUUGGAAACAGUUUGGCACGUGCUAGAGAAAGUCAAUUACUCCAGGGGAAGACUAUUGUUCUCACAUCGAAAUUAAGUGGACCCAGUCUUCCAGAGUUGAAGAUUAUUGUUCAAAUGGCUGGGGGUAAACCGAUGGUCAGGGCACCUAGUGUUUGGCCUGAUCAAUCUGUCAUUGUUACUUCUCCCGAUGACCUCUCCAGGGUCAAAAAAAUGAUUGCCAAAAUUCAAGAUAUCAAGGUUUAUGUCGUACACAUUGAAUUUUUACUCUCCGGAAUUCUCAGACAACAGCUGGAUUACGAGGAAUUCGCUCUUCAUGUUUAAAAAUUUAUGGACUCAAUCAUUCAGAGCUCAAAGUGGCCAUUUAUAUUUAUUGAAUUUAUUAUUUAUUGGAUUAACAAUUGAAAUGACUCAUUAAUCCGAUUUUUAUCAAUCGUGAAAUUGAUAAAAGAUUCUUCAAUCGAUUUCAAACUAAAUGGAUAAUUAAUUACUGAUGGUUAAUUACAAUCGAGUAGAAUAGUCAUCGAAAUUGAAGGUUUUAAUUUAAAAGAGCGAUGGGGGGGGGGGGGAAUUACCUAAUAAAAAAGGUGCUGGGACCAUUUUAAAAGACUCAAAUCCACUCCUGAGUAAAUAGUAAUGGGAAUUUCGCGAUAUAGUAUUUUUUCUUUGAAUUAUUUUCUGAAGUUGUCCGUUAAAUAUGUGAAAUAUUAAGUGAGGGAUAACUGGCAGGGAGAAAAAAGUGUCUUUCUUUAUUACGAUGCAGCCAAAACACGGGUGAUGUGUAACAAUUAUUUAUUGCGUAUGUGUUUUUUUGUUAGGAAGAAUUCCAAGAGAAAGAGAUGAUUUUACAGAUAGCGUAGGUUUAUAAUAUAAUUACAUAUUUAGGUUUAAGAUUCGGGGGAAUUGUCGUGUAAUAUGUAAUAUAAUAAAUAAUUUUUGUAUAA